AUGCGUGACGCAGGCAAGAGCUGGGCUGAAAUCGCCAAGACUUUCCCCACGCGUACGGAAGGCAGUGUGAAGAAGCAUUGGUACAAGGAUAUGCACUACGCUGAGUUCGCCGAGGAUGAGAGCCAAGCCCUUCUCAACGCCAUCAAGGAAUACGAGAACAGCAAGUGGAAGGUUAUCGGCCAAAAGGUUGGCAAGCCCGCCAAGGCCUGCGAGCAAUACGCCAAGGAGCACUUUCCAGAAUUGUUCAACCAGCCAAAGCAGAGAUAA